AUGCUGCACUUGGCCGAACGUGUGGGCUCAUACGCAGCUUGCUCUGUUGUCAAACUCCAGUUGCGGAAGUUGGUGCUACAGGCCAGCGCUUUCAGCCACAUCUUGGACUUGGAGGAGGGACCGAGCACAGCGGAUGUGUUCGGCCAUCCGCUUUGGAAGCUGUCUCCGUCUCGCCGUGGAACCGUGCUUCAAGACGUUACAAGGGCUGUCUUGCAACGGGCUUACCCAGACAGUCAGUUUCAUGAUCCUGUUCCAGGAAACUUCGAUUCAGGUCGAGCCCGGCACUUGCAGCAAGCACAGUGGGAUUGGACGAUGGAUGGCCGCAGGGUGGAGUGCAAGAGUGCUUCCCUUUCCUGGAGCAGGCAGAGGUGUCAAUGGCGAGCGCUUUUUAGUGGUGUGAAGCUGGCUCAUGAUGGGUUCCGACAGCAUGCCUUGUUUGACGACUUGCUGCUCGUAUUGCUCUCCCCUGAUUCCCUGGACAUUGUGCAACACGAUCUGCGAACCCGGGUAUCUACCGCUGGCCACAGGACUGGACCCACUGGCUCUAUCAUUAAAAUCACUGGGGCUCGUCGCCAGCCGUGCUGGAAGGAGGCUAGAAAGCAGAUACUUGGCAAGCUGUGCGAAGGUCAAGGUUCAUGCGUGCCUGUUGCACAGGUUCUCCUGUCAGACCCAUGCAUUCACUCGACGUUGCAGAAGCAUCUUUCAAGAUACCCUGCGAUGGCCUGCAGUCACACGCCAUUCGACAGCCUGCCUCUGAGUUUGUUGAGCCCCCCGAUGCGCGGAUUGCGCAUCCAACAGAUCGCCUUGGAAAUCGAUCAAAUGCUGCAUCCAGACGCCGACUUCUCCAUCGUGUGUGAAGGAACCACUGCAUCCGGCGCCAGACGUUCAUCUCAGAACGCUUCAGUGGAUUGGGUUCGCAACGAGACAUCGGUUGAGGUCAAGCACGGAAAGCUGAAUUUUGAAUCCAAGCAAAAGCGCUGGAAAUGCACCUUCAGGGCCAUCAAAUGCGCCUUCCCUGGAACACGCUCCCGGGACCUCUACGACGAGCUGUGGCUCGUAAUGUACAGCUCGCUGGGGCUACAUUUCAUGAAACAUCACGGCCAGCUUGGCUUAUCAACGAACGGCGUGAUGACUGAAGUCUCGGGGCAUGUGCUGCAAGUGUAUGGGCCGUCCAAGGAAGAGGACAGCAGGGCAGCUGCCCACGUGAUAUUAGCGAAGCUUUUGCACCGCGGAUGCGUUUUACUGGCGACCGUCUGGUGGGACUCGAACAUGUCUCACAUAUUUCCAUCCGACUCGAGCUAUCAACUGCGGCCCCAACCGGAAAAGGAGAGCGCACCCGAGACCACAAACAGCGAGGAGGAGAACUCUUCGGAUCUGGAGGGCUGGGUGGAGGCGCAAACGGCCCGGUCGUCUCGUCUAAUGCAGCUCUUCGAGAAGGAGCAUCGACGCAUGAACGCAACCGCCGACAAAUUGGCGGACCGGCGCCAGCUUAUCGAGCGUGAGUCCCGGUGCAUUGACGCUCUGGAAGCUGCUGAGCACGAGCAUCAACAAGGGCUGGACAAGCUCCAUGAAGUCGUCGCUCAACUCUCCAGCCGCUGUCGCAAGGCAGACGAUGGGCCGCAGUACUUUUACAUAGGGGACUCAGAGGUUGAGACCCAGGCAGUGUCUCCAUCUAGUACGGCUGGCCAGAUCACGCCGGCACAGAGUAAGCCUCCGGCCGGGCUGCCACAGUUGAACCUCAGCGGCUGCCGGGAGAACAUCGAGCGCUCCGUGGCGAGUGCCGAAGAUGCCUGGGAGGAGCGUCGCCGAGUGCUGCAGGAGCAAGCACAGAGCCGCGAAGCGAGGCGGGCGGAAUUGCCUGCGGCGGAGGAUUCAGCCAUCCGCAAGACGCCGCUGAUGUCCCCGCGUCGAAUGGCGGGGAGUGGGAGGAAGCGACAAUCGUCUGGUGGCUCACAGUCCCUGCGCGAGGCCCAUGGGAUGAUCCUUCGUCAGCUCUCGCCACCCAAAGAGCAGGCACUUCCGGGCGAGACCGAGGACUUUGGGGAGGUGCUUUCGAGAGAGUCCUCGAAGCUCAGUGACGAGGUUCCUUUGUCACUGGAUCCUUCAGCAAGUCAACUGGAGAUGCUUCAGGAACCGGAGCCCACAGCAGAGGAGCCGCUUGAAGCUGUAGAGGAUCCUGAGCCAACAGCUGCGGAUCCACUGGCGGCUGCAGAGGAUCCCGAGGCUUCCGCCGAAGAGCCGCUUGAAGCUGCAGAGGAGAUCGAGACUGCAGCUGACGAGCCACCUGUAGAGGCCUGGCCACCGCCGGCUGCGGUCGCAGAACUGCAGGCAGCUGAAGAGGCUGCCGCAGGGCCGGAGGAGCCACCGUGUGCAGAGCCGGCUGCCGUUGUGGAAAAGGCGCCGCGCAGUGCCACGGAAGACUCUGCAGAGGAGCACCUGACCUUGAUGGGCGAGUCCUCUAAUGCGGGCUCCUGGUCCCGGAUGGUCAGCGAAGAGGAAGAUGUGCCGACAGACGGCACUUUGGAGACAGCAGUUGGAGCAGCAGAUUUGGAUCCCCUGGAGAAAGGGUUCGUGAGGCACAGCUCCACGGAGGACGCCGAUGCUAAAGCAUCUGCUUGGGUGUCCAACAAGUCCUUCCCCAAGCCGUUGGGAGGAGAAGCCGGCGAGGAGUGCACGCUGCAGCAGAAGUCUUCCAAAGAGCUUUUGGACCCUUGCGAAGGUUCCGCUGAGCCUGGAACCAUCGCAUUUGUGAUUCCCGAGCCAAUGCCGGAAGAGCCUGUGGAGGACAGUGAGUUGACGCGGGCGCUUUCGAAGCGACGACAGCAGGUGGAGAAUUCUCACUGCGAGUUCACCAAGGAAGGCCUCAACAGCCGUGCGGACAUGUCCUGGAAACAGUCCGCGAAGGCCUCCACAGGUUCGAUAGGCGUCUUCACCAAAGAAGGUAUCCACAGUCCAGCCGACAUCCCACGCUCGUCGCCGCGCUACAGCGCUAGCAAGUUCAGGACGUCUUCAAAGUGA